AUCAAAAUGGAGAGCACGCGUUUGCUGAGGGGAGCCACAGAUGUAAUAGAUGUGAGGGAUUUUUUUGAGAAAUGGGAUUCGUCUGUGAUGCCAUGCCUAGGAAUGGACGAGACAUCACAGUAUUCAGAAAAAGAUGCAAUCGCAAAAGAAAUGGAUAUUUCUAUAGACACGGUUGUGGAAUUGAACUCGGUUUGUGGAGUGGAUACGCUGAAGAAUGGAGAUGAACUCCCUGAUAUGACUUUACUUAAGACUUUCCCAGAAGAUGUUGAUCUCAUGACUGUCAAAAUACAAAAAAGUGAAAUGAUUAAGAGAGAAACCAGUAGCCAUUACAAACAAUUUAUCAACAAGAAGCUUAAAUAUAAAACAGUGCAAGAGAAGUUGUCUAAAUUCAAAAGCGGUAAUCCAGCUAACGAGUUUACGCAAGAUGUUCCAAGUGACUAUAAGAUUGGACAUGAUGUUAUACUUGAGAUUAGUAUACACACUGCCACAUGUAUGGGAGCCAGUGUGAAUACCCAACCAAAGCUUGGUCUCGACCAGAAGUUCCAGGUCCUUGGAAGUCAGCGUCUGACGGAACUGCGUGACAAGAUCAGCUGUGUCAAUGACCUCACAAUAAGUGGCGACUUCAGUGAGAACCCAGACGAUACCUCUGGUUUCUAUGCUAAGGAUGUAUACAGAUCAGGUUUUUUCUACAUGGAAGGCGUAUUUUACAAUGAUUUAAGAGAAGUGGAUAGUCGUGACUACAGUAGUGAAAUUCGGAAGUGGGCAGCGGAGCAAGGACGAGGAAUUGGCCCAAUGACAGUUCAGGGCAUGGAUGAUGUAUUCUUUUUGGAUCUGAAAGUGCGUCUUGGGCAGCCCUACCUCUAUCUGCAUCAGGGAAACUGCGAGCACAUCAUCAUUUUCACAGACAUACGUCUGUUCCACAAUGAUGACAUCCAGGAUAGGAGAGAGUACCCUAGACUUACAUACAAGAGGACGUACAAACGCUCAAUCUGUCGUGUGUGCGAGAUCCAUUCCUCUCGGUGGCUGACAUAUGGUAGUGAGCAUGCACCUGAUGACCCUUCCUUCUUCUGUGACCAAUGCUUCAGGGCCCUUCACUAUGACAAAGACGGCAAGAAACUGGGAGAUUUCAAGGCGUACAAGUACUUUGACAAACAGGCAGUGGUGUGAAGACUUCCUGUUGGUGAACAAAGGACUUGUCUUCCGUAUUAUGGAAUACAUGCAGGCCACUCUGCAUUACCCCCUAAGUUAUUCCAUCAUGCCAGCAAGCUAUGUUUAGCUUCAUGAAUUUGAAGCCAGCAGUACUGUUGUAUGAAAAACUAACGUGUGGAAACAGCAGCUUUGUUGGUGAAGUGUUGAGCUCCUAGAAUGCCACAAUGGUGUGUUCCGUGUCCAAGUGCAGACAACUACAUCACUCCAUCAUGCAGGGAAUUACAAGCUAUAUUCAGCUUCCUUACCAAUUAAUUCCUAUUAUUGGAGCAACCAACAGACCUUGUUUCAAUCUUGGCCUGUAGGCUUCAAAUGAACACCGAUUGGUUUGCAGGAUUUUUCCUAUGAAAAUACAGCUCCCAGAGUGCUAGGAUAUUGUGUUCAGGGUCCAAAUGAUCUUUUGUUAGUCAUCACCGGCCAUGACCAGUCGGACAUAGCUAGGGGCUUGGAACAGUCACUUAUCAUCUGAAGCCAUCCUCACAAAGUAUUAGCAUUGUCAUUCAGGUACAUGAUAGUAAAGUGCUCUUUUUUAAUAACAAUGAGGAGUGAACUGGACAUAACACUAGAUAUUUGUCAUCUUACAAUAAAAUACUGCAUGAUUUACUUUGCAAUUAUUUUAGUUUG